AUGUGCUUGGAGGAGGGAGCCUCCUUCUGGAACCAGAUGUUGACCUGGAGAAUCUUCUUCGCUUCCAUGAUCUCGACCUUCACCUUGAACUUCUUCAUGAGUAUCUACCACAACAAGCCGGGAGAUUUUAGUAACCCAGGUCUCAUCAACUUUGGACGCUUUGACAACGAUAGCACGGAGUACUACCUGUAUGAGAUUCCUCUGUUUAUCGUCAUGGGAGCCUUCGGUGGAUUGCUGGGAGCACUGUUCAACGUCCUGAACUACUGGCUCACCAUCCUCAGGAUCAGGUAUAUCCACCGGCCCUGCCUGCAGGUGAUCGAGGCCAUACUGGUUGCUGCCGUGACGGCCACUGUGUUCUUCACUAUGAUCUACUUCUCCAACGACUGCCAGCCCCUGGGGGAGGAUCAGCUGGAGGAAUACCCCUUGCAGCUGUUCUGUGCUGAUGGCGAGUACAAUUCCAUGGCCACGAUCGUCUUCAACACCCCGGAGAGGAGUGUCCGCAGCCUGUUCCACAGCCCCGCAGGUUCCUACAAUCCCGUGACCCUGGGAAUCUUCACCAUCACCUACUUCUUCCUGGCCUGCUGGACAUACGGCCUGACUGUGUCCGCCGGGGUCUUCAUCCCCUCGCUGCUCAUCGGCGCCGCCUGGGGGCGGCUCUUUGGCAUUUUGCUGGCCUCCAUUACGCCGCACAAUUCCAUACAGACCUUGGCCGACCCUGGGAAGUACGCUCUGAUUGGAGCCGCCGCCCAGCUUGGUGGGAUCGUGAGGAUGACCCUCAGCCUGACUGUCAUCAUGGUGGAAGCCACCGGAAAUGUCACCUACGGCCUACCCAUAAUGCUGGUUCUGAUGACGGCGAAGAUCGUGGGCGAUUAUUUCGUGGAGGGGCUAUACGACAUCCACAUCAAGCUGCAGAGUGUGCCCUUCCUGCACUGGGAUGCCCCAGCCACCUCCCACUCCCUGACUGCCAGGGAGGUUAUGAGCUCUCCAGUAACCUGCUUCAACCUGGUGGAGAAAGUGGGCACUAUUGUGGAUGUGCUCAGCAACACCUCGACCAAUCACAACGGGUUCCCUGUAGUCUCCGGGUUGAGUGAUGGCUGUGAGCCAGGGAAAAUCUGUGGCUUAAUCCUGCGUUCCCAGCUUAUCGUGCUCCUGAAACACAAGGUGUUUGUGGAACGGGCUCGUUCUCGUCUCAAUCUGCGCAAACUGCAGCUGAAGGACUUCCGGGAUGCCUACCCUCGCUUCCCUCCGAUCCAGUCCAUCCAUGUGUCCCAAGACGAGAGGGAGUGCAUGAUGGACCUGACGGAGUUCAUGAAUCCCACCCCCUACACUGUCACGCAGGAGACGUCGCUUCCUCGUGUCUUCAAGCUGUUCAGGGCCCUUGGUCUGCGGCACCUCAUUGUGGUGGACAGUGACAACCAGGUGGUGGGACUGGUGACGCGGAAGGACCUGGCCCGUUACCACCUGGGCAAAGACGGCCUGGAGGAGCUGCAGCUGGCACAGACGUGAUGCGUGGAAGGCGACUGCCGCGCUGCUCACCAGGCCAACCCCCCCUGCCCCCAGUCAG